UUAUUUUCUUAAGCGUCGCAUCCCGGAAGUGCUGUUGCUUCUUCUGAGCUUCACCUUCAGUACCUUGACAGUCAAACUGAAUCCGCUGUAUGUGAGCGUGUCAGUCAGUCCCGAGGUUCCUUCUCAGGUGAUUGACAUGUUGCCAGUGGUGGUGGUCCAUGGAGGGGCGGGUCAUAUCCCAAAGGAGCGGUCAGAAAAGUCCACCACAGGCGUGUGCUCAGCAGUGCGAGCUGGGUACGCUGUCCUCCAGGGAGGGGGCAGCAGCAUGGACGCUGUUGUGGAGGCUGUGACCCAGCUGGAGAAUAACCCCUCCUUCAACGCAGGGUGUGGAUCAGUGCUGAACAUCAAAGGAGAAGUGGAGAUGGACGCCAUGGUGAUGGAUGGGAAAACGCUGGCCAGUGGUGCCGUGUCUAUUGUACGCAACAUAGCCAACCCUAUCCAGCUAGCAAGACUGGUUAUGGACAAGACAAGUCAUGUAUGUCUGGCAGGAGAGGGUGCCAAUCAGUUUGCACGGUCCAUGGGUGUCCCUGAGGUACCCCUAGAGUCCCUCAUCACUGACUAUUCCCGUAUGCGCUGGAAGAAGAACCUUGAACCUGGUGCCAACCCUGUGGAGUGCCAAAUGGGGAAGAUGGGCACGGUUGGAGCAGUGGCAGUCGAUAUUGAGGGCAACGUAGCCUCUGCCACCUCCACAGGUGGGAUCCUGAACAAGAUGGAGGGACGAGUGGGCGACACACCCGUGAUAGGAAGUGGAGGUUACGCUGACAACGAGAUAGGAGCAGUGUCAACUACAGGCCACGGAGAAGCCAUCAUGAAGACUACACUAGCCAGACUUAUCCUGUUCCACAUGGAGCAAGGUCAGUCGGUGGAGGCAGCCAGUGAUUUAGGCCUGGCCUACAUGAAGUCCAGAGUGGACGGGCUGGGCGGGGUGGUGACAGUGGACCCUCAGGGCCACUGGGCCGCUCGCUUCUCCAGCCUGCAGAUGUCCUGGGCUGCAGCUCAGAAAAAUACCCUGCACUACGGCCUGUAUACUGGGGAGCACUUCACCCAGAGCAUAGAUGAGCCACGCUGACACGAAGUCACAGCUCAUAUUAGACUGAAAUGUUGCACUAGUGGGACAGAAAUCUACCAAAGUGAAGAAUAUUAACACAACUUAAUACAAACACUAAUGAUAUAUACAGUUUAAGGUGUUCUGAAUGAUAGCCAUUUCAGUAUGGAAAUAUGUUGUCAGACACCUAUAAUAACAAUCUGAGCUGGCCAGUGAGAAAAACGAGCGCUUUUCAUGGACGUAUUUUGACUUUUUUUCAGUCUUAGAUUUUUAAACUUUGGCAAAAUGUGUAAUUUUGUACUAACUUGAUUAUAAAUAAGCUUUUUCUUCUUCUUCUUCUUCUUUUUUUUUUAAAUCAAAUGACCUCAAUCGUCAAUUUUUGUGUUUCUCAGCUGCUCAUAUCUCUAUGUUGUGUAAUAAAAUCAGUAUUAUGUGAUUUCUCUGUAGUGUUCUCUAAGGAGUUGGAACCAGAGCCAGUACUCUGAAGUGCUGCCGAUCAGAUGAUGAUUGUCAACGCUGAAGCUUUGUGUUAUGAAAACACUGAUCCUAGACAAUAAAUGUCUUUAAUCCCUGUGAGUAUCAUGCUUCAGUUACCCAGAAAGCCUGUGUGUAGAGGUGUACCGUGUGUUACUGUUGUAGAUCCACUAGGUGGGGCUGUUUCAAUACAAACCAACACUGAAACGUUCCACACACACGUGACACGUGACUUUCUCUUAAACCCUGAGACACUUGCUUUGUUCAUUUCCUUUAUAUUAAAACGGAUUGAUUAAGAUUUGUAAUAAAAGGUCCAAAGGUAUCUCAGAUAGAUUGCCACAUGGGCAUUUCUGACUGCUCUCAUAGGCCUGAGAUAACUCAGCUCCGUCACAGUGACAGAUCUGCAUUGUCAUUGGACUCUUGUGACCUGUGUGUCCGGAGGCGGCGCAGUGUGUGAUCAGAUUCAUCUUUGCUGUGCAGUAUUAUAAAUAAACUCUCUGUGCUGAGGAAGAGAGAAUCGGUUGCUAUUUAUACGUUUUCCAUCAGUUGGUACACCUUCAUCUUUGAAGGAUUCCAGGUUGCUUUUGUUACAGAAUCUCCUGGAGUCCGCAGCUCAUGUAGCAGGACGUUUGGACAGACUCAUCAUCACUCUGCAGCAGCAUGCUAAAGCACACUGCUCGAUGUUUAUUGAUUCCGUUGUGUUAGGAUGGCCGUGCAGCGGCCUCAAGAACCGAUUAAAUCUCCCUCCCCAACUAAUCAGCUCAUGGUAUGUUUCGGAACAUUUAAAUAGUGCUCAGCUACACUGGGGACUCUUCACCUGAACACCCUGGAGAGAAGACCUUCAUUUUCAAUAAUGCACAAUUAUUGUAAAUGAAUUGUGCAAUAAUGUCACGUCACAUUUUACACACAUUACCACAAUGAGUAUAUGUGUUCAGGCUACCGAACUAGCCAAACUAACUGAAUGAAUGCAGGGCUGGCCUCCAGUCAGUCCCAGCUGACCUGCACACACAUGUACAUUCACGAUUUCAAUAAAACAAUCACUUGCUUCAUUACUAUUAUUACCAAAUGUGAGUAAUGAAGACGACUUUCAUUACACAUUGAAAAUACAGCAUCGUCUAUUUCCACUGCUAGCAAUUGCUUGAUUUAUUUUCAAUUAAAUACAGCACAAAGCUGGAGGAAGAUACACUUGGACUCACGGUUCUGUGAGCCUGAGUCAGUUUGAUCAGACUGCAGGUAGACAGCCUGUAACUGUAAUUUGAAUCGAAACAACUUGAACUGACACUGCUAGCAACUCUCAUAUCAAUAUCAGGUAUAUACUAUGUAUAUUUAGCUUAUGGUUAAAUGUCACAUGAAGGACUGGCUAGUUGGGGUCAGGGUGAAGAAAAACGUCACAGAGGUCAAUAACAGGUGACCUGAAACUCCAGGAUACAUUACAGCUGUACACCACAGCAAACAAACAACAGAUGAAAAUGUCUAAUAGUCAUUGUACUGGAGACACGACAGGUCACUCAGACUCAUGAAGUGGCUCUGUGAGCUUUGACACCUGAUACAAACAGAAACAGUCUGCAAAUCAGUUUUUGUGUCGAUGCUGCUGUGGUAUUUGGUGAGCGACGACGCUUCAGAUGAGAAAUCCUCAUGGUGAAGCCACGAAGGGGUUGAUGUGAACGGACGACCGGUGAUAUCACUCAACCAGCCUUUUCUUUAUUCAAAAGAAAGAAAUACCUCAGAAGUAUUAAUCCACGCAAAGAGUUAUUUUUAACUUUUAACUUUGUCCACCUCUGAGAUUUCUGCUGCCGUCUUUGUGAAUUAGGGGGAAAAUGUACACAUUUUUUGG